CACAAGUUCACAACUCUAGUCUCUCUGUAGCCAUCUGCGCCGUCGGCGACAUCCCAUACCCAGCGCGCCUAUCGUGCAUGGGCGCGUCGACGUUCCCACUGCCAUUGGCUCGCCUAGAUGACGACCUCGACCUCGCCGUCUGCAAAUGAGCGACACGAAUGAUCGUUGUGAACGGGCAUGGAUCUAUAACUCUUCUCCCUCCCCUCUGGAACGGACUCGCAUCAUUGCAAUGCGUUGAUCGUCUUGCUUCCUUCUCUUGUUUUUCUCUUCGUCUCGAGCGCCCCCUUUUUUUAUUUUUCCCGUAACCUAGGUCCUGCGGACUUGGUUUAAUCUUUCUUGUUGUCGUUGUCUCCCAUCUAUCUACCCUUGUACAUAUUCCCACUGAUACACCUCACGCCCUCGCCCAGCAUGUCGUCCAGCUUGAAGAACGAGGUCACCGUCUCUGACUUUGAGGGUGAUGGCCGGGACCUCCGCACUCGCAUCAAGGCCCGCGUCGUCGGCACCGUCCACGGCUUGCGGGUCGCCUUGACAUUACUCGCCCUGCUAUCAGGCAUCACCAUCCUCGGUCUCUCUGCCAACUCGCUGGCUGUGUAUAAGGACACGUACGUGCCGGACGACUACUUGCUUCCGCUCUGGCCCGACCAUUUCGACCUCCGGCCGACUACGGCACUGAUCGCGGGCAGUGCCAUUCUCAUCGUGGCCAACGCCGUGUCUCUGCUCGCUAGCAAGACCGCCUCGGUCCGGAAACGAGUCGGUGCGCACACAUCAGUCAGUCUUGCCGCGCCCGUCAUCGGUUUCAUCGCCGCGCUGGUGGCAAUGGCCCUCUUCUACGCCGUCAAUGCCUCCGCUACGGUCGACACGAUGCAGAGCUGGACGUGCCGGUGGAAGCAGGUCGGCAUGUCGAUGCAGCCGCACUUCGGUUCGCUGUGCCGGCAGAACGAGGCAGGCCUCAUCCUGGCCAUCUUGUUGGUCCCGCUGGAACUGUGCGUGUUGGUGACCGCGUGCUUUCAAAUGUUUCUUGAGCGCAAGUUCAGUGCCGCGCUGCGAGGUGGUGCUAGCCCGGCCAUGUCCUGAAGUCGGUCGUGCCUCAUCAUCAAUGGAGGUUCCUUCCUGCAUAGGCGGGUUUGCAUGAGAGGCUGCGAGAGAUAAGGCGGCGACUGGUGUCGCAGGUCCAAGCGUCUGAGUCCAGGUCCCUUGUACAGUAACUGCGAGAAUGGGUACAGUAGUAGGUGUUUGAGUCUUGUCCAACGACAAUGUAACAAAGGGUAUGCCUGCUGCGGUCAGCAAAAGCUGUAGGGCCACCCAGAC